UUUACUCAACCGAGACGACUUGUAAAGAACGGUAACCAUCAAACAAAUCCCCCCUUCUCUUUAUAAAUUCUUGCUUUCAUAUUUAAGUUCAUCGGCGUAGUCGAUCACCAGUCCAGUCUUAGCUUCGAUACAGUAUCUUCUUAGCUCGAUCAAAUAACACAUAUAAUGGCUAUGGAGAUGUUUCACAAUGCCAAGGUGGUGCGGCUGAGGAGCCACCUGAACAAGUACUUAGUGGCGGACGAGGAUGGACGGCAAACCCGACAGAGCAGGACAGGCGGCGCGUCGAGGAACUCCAGGUGGAGCGUGGAGGCGGUGGAGGGCAACGGCAACGCCGUUCGCCUCAAGAGCUGCCAGGCCGGCCGCUACCUUACCGCCUCCGACGAACCCCUUUUCCUCGGCGUCACCGGAAACAAGGUCACCCUUUCCCUCCCGGAAAACAUCAAAGAUUUGCGCAUUGAGUGGCACCCUUUCAAAGAUGGCGGGUUUCAUCAGAUAAAAUUGCGGGCAUACGGCGGAACUUUUUUGAGGGCCAACGGCGGAGUGCCGCCGUGGAGGAACUCAAUAACGCAUGACAAUGUACUACCUCAAACAACUUCAACCAACAAUUGGAUUUUGUGGAACGUGGAUGCCGUCGAUGAGGCGCCGGAAAACGGGACACCGACGGAUUGUUUGUCGGCGGCAUCUAGCUUCUCUUCCAUCUCCAGUCAACUUUCCGGCCUCAAUUUGGGUUCCCCGAGUUCCGCACCCUCAACUUCUUCUCCCGGGAUAUCUAAGACACCUUUACCAACAAAUCCUGCAAUGGAGAUCUUCCACAUGGCUAAGAAGGUGCGGUUGGUUAGCCACCACAAAAAGUACUUAAUUGCGGACGAGGACGAAGAGUCGGUGAUCCAAGGUAGGAGAGGCGCCGCCGACAACGCACGGUGGUCGGUGGAGUACCCUGAGAAUACCAACAACCUCGUCCGCCUGAAAAGCUAUUAUGGUAAGUACUUGACCGCUUCGAACCACCCGUUCCUGCUUGGCAUGACUGGCCGGAAAGUUCUGCAGACUUUGCCCGACCCCCUCAAUUCCUCCGUGGAGUGGGAACCUAUUAUGGAAGGCAAACUCGUGAAACUUAAGACCAGGAGCGGGAGAUUCUUGAGAGCCAACGGUGGGCUUCCGCCGUGGAGAAACUCCGUUACUCACGAUACCUCCACUCAUAAGAUGGCGGUAGAAGAUUGGCUUCUCUGGGACGUUCAUGUUUUGGAAAUUGUGGUGUCUUAAUUAUAUAUUAUACUAAUUUUUAUUGUUUUAUAAGUUUUGCCCAUACAAACUUUAGAGGCUAAGAGAUCAAAGAAUUGUUUUGUUAUGUUAAUUUGAACUCAACAUGUUUUGUUGUGUUUGAACUAAAGAAUUGUUUUUAGCCAAUUGUGUGAAGGUUCGUGGGGGUGCAGCGGAAAUCACCAAUUAAGAGCUAUGCAAACAAAUCAAUCAAUUAUGCUGUAGAGA